CCGGGUCCUGCCCGAGACGUGGCCGUGGGGCGACGCCACCGCCCCCCAGAGCUGCCGGGGCGGGGCGCGGGCUGGCCUCCCUCCAGCUUCUGCUCCCCGCAGCGCCGCAGCCCUGCUGCUGCCCCCUGCUUUGCCCCUGUCUCCUUUGCAGCUGCUCAGCGUCAGCCCAGCCUGUGCACCCCAGGCUUCGGGUCGGUCUCGGCUGCGAUGCAGCUGGGCAGAGGAGGUGACGCUGAUCCAGCCCCACUGUGGUGCCUCAUGGGGAGCAGUGAGAGCAGCUCGCUGCCCUCGGAUGAUGAGCAGUGAAUAACAUGGGGACGCGCUCAGCAGAGAGCAGCGUGAACCGCCCGCUUCCUGCACCCCUGCCUGUCUGUUCCCCUGAGGGCUGCGCUCGGGGCGCGGGACGCUGUGCUCUGCACGCUGGGAGCUGCGCUGGGCCGCACCGGCAGCUCCUGCUCUCGUGCUGAGGCUUGGUCCCAGCUGCCUGGCAGAUGGGUUCUGCUCCAAGGGCUGCACCUCGCCGCAGCGCAUGCUCACGGCCCCAUGCUGGGACAAAGCCGCCUCAGUGGUGCCGGACACUGCCUGUGCUGGUGCUUGUAAAGCUGCGGCAGUUUUGCAACCAGGCAAGCACCCCUUCCUGCUCCAGCCCCAGCUGGGGAGCAGUGCCAGGCAGCCAGAGGCCUGCUGGGGGUGCCAGAAGAGCCAUCGCUGGCCGUGUCCCCAGCCCUGUGGGUACGUUGUCGCAGCAGGGCAGCACCGACACAGCCACGCUCGGGGAGCGGUGCUCCAGGGACAGCGAGGCACUGCAGGGCUGCACGCACUCAGCUUGCGGGGAGCCCCUCAGCACGGAGCUGCGGGCAGGGCCGCGGUAUUCCCCUGACAUUAGAAAGGCUCUUGCGGAACGCUCUGGUCUGGCAUCAGCUCUUCCAGUGCUUGUGAAACGGGGACUGGGAAAUACCGGGGAGCCUGGAGUGGCCACCCUUUCCUGCGGCCUGGGAGCAGCCUCACCCCUUGCCCAGGGGCCCUGGGAGUUGGACCCUGAUGGGUGGGUGGCAGCAAAGGGGGUGGCCCAGGGUAGAGGGCAGCUGCCGGGUCCUGCAGUGUCUCACAGUGACUGGGUCAGGCACAGCACGGGGACAGCUGGAGAUGGCUCGAGGUUGAUGGUGGCAAGGCUUUGUCACGUAUCCCUGCCCUUCUGCCUUGAGCACCAGCCUGUGGACACUUCUGAGGGCCCCCUGUGUCCAGGCCAGAUCUGGAGGGCUGUAGGGCAGUGGCUCCACUCCUGUCAUCCCUUGCUGGGGCACGGGGGUUACCCGGUGAGCUGCGGGAGGACACAUCCCUGUCCAGCUGCAGAGGCCCUGGUGGGGAAGAUCGCCAUCCCGGCGUACACGCUGAGCGACGACGACUGCUCCUCUGGGUACCAGCAGCUGAGCGUGGAGAGCGACCCUGAGGAGGGCGGUGAGCCCGGCCCCGCGGCGCUGCCCUGCCGCCAGUGCGGGCUGCAGCUGGCCGCCAGCCUGGGGCAGAGCUGCAUGCAGUGUGCCGGCACCGAGGGCAGCCGCAACCAGCGCAUUGUCUACUCCUGCCAGCUCUGCCCUUUCGCCUCCCACUACUCCAGCCACCUCAAGCGCCACAUGAAGACACACAACGGGGAGAAGCCGUUCGCAUGCCCGCAGUGUGCCUACGCCUCGGCCCAGCUGGUGAACCUGACCCGCCACCUGCGCACACACACGGGGGAGAAGCCCUACCGCUGCACGGGCUGCAGCUUUGCCUGCAGCAGCCUGGGCAACCUCAAACGCCACGAGCGGGUCCACAGCCAGGACAAGCCCUUCCAGUGUGCCGCCUGCGACUACCGCUGCAACCAGAGCCGCAACCUGAAGCGGCACAUGCUCAGCCACCGCCUGCCUGAAGGUGAAGGGCCACACCAGCAGGACAAGGAUCCAGAGCCGCUGCUGCCGGAGCUGAACCUGCACAUGGGUAGCGGUACCGGCCCCUUCCUGCCCGGCUGCGCUCGGCUGCGGGGCGAGGAGUCGGCCGCGCUGCCCGAGCUGCUCUUUCCCUUCACAUGCCGCAUGUGCGGGCUGGUGCUGGAUGAUGGGUUCGCGCAGGACGAGGGCCUGGCCGAGCAGGUCUGUGGCCGCUGCAGCCUGGCGGUGCUGGGCACUGAACCGGGCUCCAGCCCCCGCAAAGGCACUGGGGACAAAGGCUUUGCCUGCAGCCUCUGCCCCUUUGUCACUCACUACCCCAACCACUUGGCACGGCACAUGAAGACGCACAGCGGGGAGAAGCCGUUUGCCUGCCCGCUCUGCCCCUAUGCCUCCGCCCACCUCGACAACCUGAAGCGGCACCAGCGCGUGCACACGGGCGAGAAGCCCUACAAGUGCCAGCUCUGCGACUACGCCUGCGGCAACCUGGCCAACCUCAAGCGCCAUGGGCGCAUCCACUCGGGUGACAAGCCCUUCCAGUGCAGCCUCUGCAGCUACAGCUGCAACCAGAGCAUGAACCUGAAGCGACACAUGCUGCGGCACACGGGUGAGAAGCCCUUCCAGUGCCGGGACUGCUCCUACACCACUGGCCACUGGGACAACUACAAGCGUCACCAGAAGAUCCAUGGCCACACGGCUGAGAGCUGGGUCAACCCGCGCAAUGCCAAAGCCCUCCUGGCACCUCCUGCCGUGGGCACAGCCCUGCCCUGAGACAGCACUUAGCCCGGCUGCAGGGGCUCGGCCCCGCGCCGGGCCCUGGGGGUGCCUCGGUCAUGGGGCCUCCCAGCCCCUUGCCGUCUGUGGCCCCUACCCUCCCUGGGGGAGAAGAUGGGCAGCAAACUCUGCGGGGGCUCAGGGCUGCCUUAAGCAGGGCCAGCAGCCGUGCCAGGGUCUCCUGCAGCCCUAUCCUUCCUGGGCAGGGCGAAGCCACGACCAGCGGUUCUGCCAGGCGUGGGUGCCUGCCCCAGCUGCGGCGGUGCCGUGCCCCCAGGCACUGCGUGGAGCGGCACCUGCCUGUUCCUGCCUGCCAGAGCCUUCCUCUGCCAGAGCCCGGGGAAAGGGGGGAGGGGGGAACAGGACUGGUUCCGUGGCUGUUGCCAUGCCAGUCAGUGUAAUUUAUAUUGUGUAUAAAAGCAUUAAACAGUCGGUUUUGUUAUC